UCCCGCAACUAUUUUUCUAUUGUUGCACUACCUGCUCUAUACACGCAGUGUCGAGCAACGGUGGAGACGGAAUUUCAAGCAUUUUGCGGCAACCACAAAACAGAGAGAGCAUUAGAAGCACAAGCAGUUUAUGCUGCCACUGCUGCAGAGAUGAUGCGACUGUGUUGGGCCCUAGUACUGAUUUUUUCUUAUUCCACUUCAGAAGGCACUAUAAUCAUCACAGAGCCUGGUGAGAGCAUCACUUUGAAGUGUUCCCCAGAAGAAUGCCCCCAAAACAGUGGUCGAUAUGUUGGGAUGUAUCUGUAUCAUAGGUUUACUGAACAGAAUGAGGUGUAUUUCUAUAGCAACCAUGUUAACAGCAAAGUCACUGUGCGAUCGAGAUACAAAGGCAGGAUUGAGUCAAACGGAGCUCCCAUGAACCACAGCAUCACCAUGACCAAUCUGACUGUGGAUGAUUCUGGUGUCUACACUUGUGUCUACAAAGAAUCAGUAGACAAAAGUGCUGAGUGCAAAGUCUACACAGUUUUUGUAAGAGAAAUAACAAACAAACCUUACAGAAAGCUCCAGACGACCGCAGAGAAGAGACGUCUACCUGGUGGUAAUCGUGAGCAUAAUACUACCGAGCAUCCCAAAGAAUCAUGUCCCAGACAAAAAGCACUCUUGCCCACUGCAGAGGAGAGACAUCUACCUCUGGUGUUAAUCAUAAGUAUUUCCACCAUCAUCCUGCUGUUCAUCAUAAUCUUAAUCCUACUGAUGAUCCAGAAGGCGAGAAAAAUGAAAAGCCACGAAAGAAAAGCAAGACCUUCCCUGCAAGGAUCCAAUGAUUAUGUGUAUGAAGUUAUGAUGAAGACCAACGGGUGCCCAGCAGCAGCUCCAGAGCAGCCAGCACAAAACUCCUAUGAGCUUGUUUAGAUAUGUAGUCGAAUAUUAUUCACUUUUGAAGCUGUUGAUGGGGUGUUUUUUCUUCUUCUUUUGUUUCACUGUUUUUGGUUGAUUUUUGUUUUUGAAGUGAUUUAAAUCACAAUGAUGCACUCAAAGUGACCAUUCAUAGUGUUGCAUUGCCUCUGUUCCCUGAUUAUUCGAGAAUUGAGCGGGCCUUUGAAAAAAGCAUAAAUACAUAUUGUGAUAUCAUAGGGAUAGGGUUUGGGUUGUUGCUUGUGAGGACCUAGACCUCAGACACCAUAAUAAACAUCAGCAGCCUGAUUAUUCAUCUGUUACUUUAGCACAAA